UGUCGAUUACAUUGUUACCUAUCGACUGUUCAUUGACUGACUACUAGUGAUUGAUCUAAUUGUCACAUCGAAGUGGCAGCUCGCGAAGCGUUAAUGCCGUACAUAAGGAACGAUGGACUCAACAAGAACGAAGUCAAGGCCGAAUCCGAGGGAGAACGCGAACAUCGUAUCGGUGUUGUUGUGGUGGUGGACCAUCGACCUCUUUCGAAAGGGUUACACAAAAUCCUUAGACAUGGAGGACUUGUACGAACCUUUAAAGGAAGACCGAUCGAAUGCAUUAGGUGAUCGAUUGGAAAAACAAUGGACUAUUGAGCUGGAAAACUCAAAGAAGCAGAAGCGCAUGCCGAGCCUACUGAAGACCGUCGUUCGCACAUUCCUAUCGGAAUUCGCCCAUCUCGCGCUGAUGCAGCUAAUCGUUGAAUUCUUCAUUAGAUUGUACACACCAAUGUUGCUGAGAACUUUGCUACUCUACUUCCGCGGGGAUUCUGCGAAGACGAUCUCCAUGGAGACCGCGUUAUGGUGCGGAGCUGGAAUCUCCAUGAUGGUCGCCCUGAACGCGAUAAUCGCCAAUUAUAUGUUAUACAGCGGUUUUUACAUAGGCAUGAAAAUUCGCGUGGCUCUGUGCUCUCUUGUGUAUCGAAAGGCCCUGCGAUUGAACAAAAUAGCGUUGGCAGAAAUGGCGCCGGGCAAAGUAGUCAACUUGAUAGCUAACGACGUCAAUAGGUUUGAUAACAUCCCCCUACUUUCCCAAUACAUGUGGUCAGGGCCUUUUUUCUCGCUUAUCAUAAUGUAUAUUCUCUACUUGGAAGUCGGGUACUACUGUUUUAUCGGCAUGGCUAUUAUCUUCAUGAUCAUGCAGUUUCAAGCUUGCACCUCCAAGUUAAUGGCGAAGUUCCGAUUGAAAACCGUCAUCAGGACCGACGAUCGGGUCUGGCUGAUGGAUGAGAUUAUCUCUGGGAUGCAAGUGAUCAAAAUGUAUGCCUGGGAGAAGCCAUUCUGCGCCGUGAUCGCGCUAGCCCGCAAGCUCGAGCUGCAAAUGACCAUCAGGAGCGCGUACAUACGCAGCAUCUACAUGACCUUCCACAUCUUCACGGCCAGGCUAGCGCUCUACGGCACGCUUAUUCCACUACUCAUAUUCAGUCAAAAUCUAACCGCCGACAAAGUCUUCAUCGUAAUGUCCUAUUUCAACAUCCUUUCCCACAGCAUAUCCAGUAUGUUGGUGCGAGGCAUCGGCGAGCUGAGUGAGUGCUUAGUCACCUUGAAAAGACUCCAACACUUCCUCAUGCACGAGGAGUAUCAAAGUAGCAACAUCAUCGUCUGCAAACAGCCAUCCAGUGAACAUAUGGCAAACGAUAAGAUUCAUACAGAAUUCGACAAGAUCAACGAGCAAGAUAUAUCUUCCAUCGAUAGCGAUAUGCAAAACCGCGAGGUUCUGGACGAUAACGACAAUCAGGAGAAGCAGAAGCGGAAUACAUCGGUCGCCAUUAUAGCCGAUUCCAAUGGGUCUGUUAUGAAAAAAGAAGUGACUGUCGUGCACAAUUGGGCGAUUAAAAUGACUAACGUCACCAUCAAGUGGGAGACCAGCCAAUCGGAGAACAUAUUGGAAGAUUUGAAUUUGGAGAUGGAGAAAGGCAAAUUGUACACGGUCAUCGGCAUAGUGGGUAGCGGAAAGAGUUCCUUACUAAACGCGAUUUUAGGCGAGAUCAGUCUGGUAAAUGGAGAAACAAAGGUCAACGGUAGCGUGAGCUACGUUAGUCAGAAGGCUUGGAUAUUCAGCUCGAGCAUCAGACAGAAUAUCCUCUUUGGAGAGGAAUACGACCAUCGACAUUAUCAAAGAGUGAUUAAGGCCUGCGCUCUGCUGAAGGACUUCCAGCAAUUUCCGCAGGGCGAUCUAACCGUCAUAGGUGAACGAGGUAGCUCGUUGUCUGGUGGCCAGAAGGCUAGGGUUAACUUGGCCAGAGCCUUGUACAGGCAGUCGGAUAUCUAUCUAUUGGAUGACCCUUUGAGUGCGGUCGACGCACAUGUGAGCAAACACCUGUUCCACAAUUGCAUCAAGAGAUAUCUGGCCGGAAGAACAACAAUCUUGACGACGCAUCAAUUACAGUAUAUAAAGGAAGCAGACGGCAUUAUAUUGCUUGAACAAGGAAAGAUAAAAUAUUUCUCGCAUUAUCAAGACUUGUUGACUUAUCAAUCUGACUUCGAUGUACUCUUAUCGGAGGAAAACGAGAAGAGCGACGAAUUAUCUGUGCAAAAGGGAACAAAAGAACGACAGUUCUCUUCUGGGAGUAUUAGAAGUAAUUCUUUGAAAAUGAGCGAGAUGGAGGACGAUAAGGAAAACGAAAAUGCUGCGAAGCAGGAGGCCAAUAUCGAGAAAUCCAGCAAAGUAGAAGGCUCUCUCUUUGUCAAAUACUUUCAAAUUGGUGUCAAUUUAUACAUAGCUAGCUUAGUUCUGUUCUUGUUUAUCAGCACACAGUUCUCCAUUAUUUUCAACGACUACUUUGUGUCCGUUUUGAUCAACGCCAAGGAACGGCAAUAUCUAGCUAAUCUCGAGAGUGCUAACCAAACGAACGUUUCCAUGAACGCAACGAGUCUCGAUAUGGACAUAUUACCAGAGACUACGUAUAUUUACAUCUAUACAGGUAUCGUGUUGAGCGUCUUCGUCAUCGCCAUCAUCAGAUCAUUGUUGUUUUACAAGGUAUGCUUGAUGUGCAGUCAACGUCUACACGAUCUAAUGUUCAACGCGCUGAUUCAUACGGAUCUGCGUUUCUUCGACACCAACUCGAGUGGUAGCAUCCUCAACAGGUUUUCCAAGGACAUGGGCGCUAUUGACGAAUAUUUGCCUAAAGCAGUUUUUGACGCUAGCCAGUUGAAUUUCUCAAUAAUCGGCUCAUUAUUAUUAACCUGUAUAAUUGAUCCGAUCUUCAUCGUGGUUAUCGCACUGAUGUUCAUGAUACUCUACCGAUUAAAAAAUAUGUACCUCAGUACCAGCAAGAGUAUCAAAUAUUUGGAAGGAAUAACAUGCUCACCGGUAUUCACUCAUAUAAACGUUACGUUAAACGGCUUGUCUACCAUCAGAGCAUAUCACGUCCAACCGAUACUUAUAGAAGAAUUCGGCAAGCUACAGGAUCUACACACAUCCAGCGCGUACAUGCAUAUCGUGACGAUCACAGCUUUUUCGUUCUGUCUGGAUGUAUUCUGCUUCAUUUUGACCUGCAUCACCAAUUUCACCUUUUUACUAAGGAGUGACUCAUAUACCGGCAGCGAGGUGGGAUUGGUAAUUACGCAAAUUGCAAUGAUAUGCAUUUACAUAGAAUUUGGGAUGAGGCAAAAUGCGGAGACAGCGAACCAAUUGAUGGCGGUGAAACGUGUGAUCGAAUACACUCAGCUGCUACCGGAACCGAAUCUCAGGGAUAGAGGAGUAUUCUUGAGGAAGAAGGGUAAGCAGGACCUGGUAUUGCCAGCCAACGCUCCUAAGAACUGGCCUUCGGAGGGCAACAUCAAGUUCAAGAACGUCGACAUGUGUUACAUGGACGAGAUUCCUAUCCUCAAAGAACUGAACAUCGUGAUUCCUGCAGGAAAGAAGAUUGGUAUCGUGGGAAGAACUGGCGCAGGAAAAUCGUCGCUGAUAUCAGCGUUGUUACGAUUGGCGAAAGUUGAGGGUAUAAUCGAAAUCGACGGGGUGGACACGGGCUCGAUAGCCUUGGAAGACCUGCGACGCAAGAUGUCUAUUAUCCCUCAGAACCCAAUUUUGUUCUCAGGCACUAUAAGACAUAAUCUGGAUCCCUUUAACGAAUUUUCAGAUAAAUAUUUGUGGGAUGCGCUCGAAGAGGUCGAAUUAAAAGACGCAAUUACCAGUACUGGAAACGGGUUAGAAAGUCGUGUAGUUGAUCGAGGUAACAACUAUAGCGUUGGACAAAGGCAAUUAGUCUGCUUGGCGAGAGCUAUCCUAAGGAAUAAUUGUAUAUUAAUGUUGGAUGAAGCGACCGCGAACGUGGACUUACAUACAGAUUCGUUAAUUCAACGCACUAUUAGAAAAAAAUUCACCACCUGUACGAUGCUCACAAUAGCGCAUCGAUUGAACACCAUCAUAGACAGCGACAAGGUCCUGGUAAUGGAUAAAGGUCGUAUGAUUGAAUACGACCAUCCUCAUAUAUUAUUGCAAAAUAGUCAUAGUCAAUUUACUUCACUGGCAAAAAAAAGUAAUUUGUAUGAACAAUUAGUAAAAGUGGCCAAGCAAUCUUAUAUUGACAAGAAUGGUGAAACGUAA